GGGAGAAAGAAUGUAGACAGAAUUAGGUCAAAAACCAAAAAGGUUGGAGGUGUUUAAAAUUAAUACCAAACUGAGCUGCUGAGAUCAGUUUGAUGUGGCUGUUGCUGGCGGUGAACAUCUUCACUUGUUUCCAUAAUAGGACAUGAGGUGUCACUACAGGUUGACCAAUCAAAAGCAGUCUUCUCUAUGAGGUGUCGAGAAGAGAUCAAGAGUCUUCUCAUUCAGCACUGCAAUUUGAGCACGAUGACAGCUCCAAAGUUACUUUUCUAUUUCACAUUUCUCAUCUUGGACAAAAGUGCUCAGAUGACUGAUCAAUCCUCAUCUGUUCAUCAAGAGAGAGAAUUUAUAUCAGCAAAUGUCGGAGACAACAUAACUUUGAAAUGUUCCUCUGGAAGUAAUAGGGUAAAACGUUUUUUCUGGUAUAAGCAACCUCUCGGACAGAAACCAAGACUGAUGUCUACCUUCUAUGGGUCCAAUAAAAACAUUCCAUUUAAUGAUGAGUGGAAGAACAACCCACGUUUUACACUGGAAGCCGUAAAUGGUGGAACUCACUUGAAUAUCAAAGAUUUACACAUUUCAGACACAGCUACUUACUUCUGUGCAGUUAGCUUUUCAGUAAAUUUGAAAUUUGCAGUGGGUACUUUAGUCAGCGUUAAGAGUUCAGGUUUGAACAUCCCGGCUACGGUUUAUCAGUCAGAAUCUGAGACCAUCCAGCUUGGAAGCUCUGUGACUCUGAACUGUACAGUCCACACUGGGACCUGUGAUGGAGAACACAGUGUUUACUGGUUCAGAAACUCUGAAGAAUCUCAUCCAGGACUCAUUUACACCCAUGGCGGCAGCAAUGAUCAGUGUGUGAGGAGCUCCAACACAGAAACAAACACCUGUGUCUACAACUUGCCAUUGAAGAGCGUCAGUAGCGCUCAUGCUGGGACUUACUACUGCGCUGUCGCCUCAUGUGGACGCAUUCUCUUUGGAAACGGGACCCACCUGGACAUUGAAAAAGAGGACUACUCCCAUAUCUUGGUGUAUUUCUUGAGUGGAGCUUUGACAUUAACCACCAUCCUUAGUUUUUCACUCACUGUGAUACUGUUCAGUAUUAGGAGGAAAAUCAGCUUUCACUCUGGAGAAACUUCUGCUUCAUCUGCUACAAAUACACAGGGUCACAUAAAUGAAGAUAAUCUUCAUUACGCUGCUUUAAGGGUAAACCAGGUCAGCAGAUCAAGAAGACAUGUGGACGACACACUAGCUGAAUGUGUGUACUCCAGAGUAAAGACAUAAAUCAUGACGCUUCAUCUUUGGCUACUUGUGGCAGGACUAAAACUAUUGACUGUAUAAUCGGUUCUUUGGCUUUAGUGUGUUGUUAUUGCCUGGUAUUAGCUUACAAAACAAAGAUACUCAAGGAGGAGUCCAUGUUUCUUGUCCGACUUGUUGCAGACUCGCAACUGGAACUCGGUUAACUCAGGUGUGAUGUCAUUCCAAGCUCCGAGAUCUUAGUUCUGAGGUAAAAGGAAUAAACCAUAAAUCUCAGCUGCUGCAGCCUACUCUCCUUCCUUCACCUCACACUCUUACUAAUACCAGCAUUUAGCUCUGAGAUCUCCAGUCUUUAGAUUGUUGAAAGUUAUGGAGGCCUGAGUUUUUUAGAUUGUGUGUGUUAGAAACUAUAUUUAGAUUCUGAUAGAUUUAUUGAGUGUUAGUUUGUAAAUAACUUUUGAUAAAUAGAUCAUUAAACACUUGAUCAGCAGUAUAGGAAUGAAUAGCCUUUUUUGAUUGUUCCUUUUUUUUCUCCUUUUUAUGAGUCAAUUUAUUCAACGUUUUUGGUUUUUGGUUGGGAACUUUGGGAAUUUUAUUAGAUUUUGCUUGAUGUUUUAGGCACUGCCCAACUCUGUAUUAAAGUAUACUGCUACUUGAA